AUGAGACUGUCCUCGUAUCCUGGAAUUGGAAAAAAUCCCGAGGGACCUCUGAAUGAGUUCAUAAAUGGAAGCCCCACCGGUUUCCACCUGAUCGAGACAUACUGGAAGCAAAGUGAGAACAGCGACGCGCCUAUCUCUCCAGCCAUGGAUGGUCAGCGCUCCAACACUACUUUGCCAAAGCCUUGUUGCAGAAGAGGAGUCCUCAAAGAAACGCCAGCCAUGGAAGAGCAAUCUUCAAAGCCAUUGCCUGGAGACUCGAGCGGCUUGGCAUUUUCCCAAACCAACAGGAAUGGAAGACAGGGCAGCCCAUUAGGCCGAAAAGUUGAAUCUGAAGUGCAAACAAUAGCAAAUAGCAACAUUACCAAUGAUGAAGGCCAUUUGUUCAAUGGAACAAUUCGGCCAACUGAUCAACACAAAGCGCUCUUUUGCCACGGGACUGAUCGCACUAGAGCUAUACUUCAAGCAAUUGAGGACACCAUAGCGAGCAUCAAAGAGCUCAACACGCGAGGACGAUUACCUUCCGCUGCAGAUCGGUAUUUAGAUGAGACGGAGAUUAAGCCCAAGGAGAAGAAGAGAGGCGUCAGGUCAAGCAGACUUGCAUUAUACCGGGGCCCUUCAGCACCGCAUGAUGAUGAUAUUAGUGUUAGCACCGAAGAUAGUGAAGUGGGCUUAAGGUGGUGGCCGGAUAGCGCUAAAAAGGCAAAAGUGAAGUGUCAAGUCUCAUUCGAAACCUCUUUCUUUAUUUACUACCAACCGUCUCAGCACCGACUUGUCAACAUUCAACCAGAUCUUCAAGAUCUCAAGUCUGCAGCAUCAUCUUUGACACGGAGGUGCAACUAUCUGUCAACAGACAACACGAUGGUGGGGCGUGCGCGAUAUAUAGCUGGCUCAGGCCACAUCACGACUAAAGGUCGUGGUUUCCAGCCAUCUGAAGUCGGCAAAUUGGCAUCGAAGUCUGUUCCUUCAGCCAUUCUCAGCUAUCGAUCAGCAAUCGAAGACACACGUUCAUGGGACGCUCAAGAAGUCAAGAAGGCUCGAAGCCUGUUCACCUCUCCGUCGAGUCCAUCCACUAUUGUAGAUCCUCGUAACUAUGCGCAGACGCAGAAAUGGGUCACUUCAAAUGCAUACGUAUUUGAUGGACCCAAUGAAUCCUCCGCACCAUCAGUCGACCGCGCGAAGCCCGGUGUCGUCAACACCAAGACGUCGUCUUGUUGGUCCAGAGCUGCAGAUCACGCUCAUAAUGUCACCCCUGAUCAAAUUGGCAACGCUGCAGAUGCUGCAUCUUGGCUUAUGCAGAACGAGCGGGAUCUUGACGUUAUCUCCCAGGCACCUGUGCCUCGUGCAUUUCUCAAGACGAUGAAGUAUGAACAUCCCAACAACCGUAAGCCAGCCACCGGUGCUGUCAAGGGAUCCUUCCAACGCCAACAAAAAGAAUUGAAAAAUGGGGAUACUUCAAAUGAAGUGAAACGUGUCAGCGGCAGUAGCAACAACCCUGAUCUCAUCACAAGUGGAAAGACAGAGCUCGAAGAAGGCGAAAUUGAAAAUUGCAGGCCAGGCACGACUGCCGGCGGCAAUGGCUCAAGCCACCACCAACCUUCUGUGACCACAAACAAUGUUAAUGGUCAAGAUAAUAUCAAGUCAUCAUCUUACCUGCAGCCAGAGAGACAAGCAAAAAUAUUUUCAGGACCAAUCUCUGCUGACAAGCAUGUCAGCAAUCUUGAGGACGCAGCUGGUCAUGAUGGUGAUAUGAAAGCGAGCUCUAAGACGGACCUGAAACGGCCAGAACCAACGGCGGUCACAUCUAAUGAAAUGAGAGCUCCGACUGUCCAUGCACAACCUACAUCAGCAGAUCGUGAAUGUCAAGCUUCUAUUGAGCCGGAUGUCUCUGGAAGUAAGGCGUCUCUCACACAAUUACCGCCUCAUCUCAGAGCGAAAACUCCGCGGGUGCUAAGCCAAGGCACGGCAGGAAAAGUCGCUUUAUCCAACGACACACAGAGAGUAAGCGAUAGCACCAAUGCAAAUUCUGCCAUCAGGAAUAUUAAAGAUUUCAGCGUAAAGAACACCGCGUUAUCCAGCAAACAAGGCGGGCUUCGUCGCUCGAUAGGGGAGUCAGAUAAGACAUCGAUCCAUUCAAAACAGAGCUCCCGCAAGAAAAAGGAAGUACCAAAGUCUCCCUGGCCUAUGUCGAACUACGAGUCUCGGCUUACUGACUGGGAUGGAAAACCGUUUCCUGCCGCUAUCGGGCACGAGUGGACGAUUCGAGAACAGUACAACAAACCGGAAGAACGGCGUGCAACCAUUGAGCAAUUUCAAAAGGAGCAAUCUCUGGAUCAAAUCGAGGCUAUUGCUGUCGUCGAUACAGACGAUCCUGCAUUUCGUGAGGGGAGACAACUCCUCGAUGAGGAAGGUGUCGAAGACGUACCCCUGAAAGAUAUCUGUGAACCCCGAUUGCCAGAGAUACUCUCGGAUGGACGUCCAAGCAAAGCUUCUAAGACGACUGAUGAUAAAAUCAAGGAGUUUAUCGAGCAUCGAGAAAAAUAUGGCGAGCCAGAAAAGGAAGAUGAGAUAGAUGCAACAGGGGGUGCCAGUAUGACCAGGCAAGAGCGCCGUGCACUACGAAAGGAUAUGCUAGCAGAACAAAAUGGCCCUCUAUUUCCAUCGAAAGAGCUGGCUCCAGAUGCCAAUAUCUACCUUCGUCCAGUAGAGACAAACGAUGCAGGACAACUCACUCAAAUUGUGAAUCACUACGUACAGACCUCCGUUGUAACUCCACUACUUGAGCGAGACACUGCUGCCACAUGGUCCGCUGAAAUCAUGCAAGAUGGUAGGAUGAAAUUACCUUUUCUUGUCGCCGUUGCCCUAAAAGAUAGCGACUCCAGAGAUUUCAAAAAGACCAGGCGCUUGGUUCGGGAAGUGAUUGUGGGGUUCGGCCGGGCAAUUGAGUACGGAGAGCAGAGCAACGCCUUUCGCGAGACCGUUGAGCUCGAAAUUUAUGUUAAGGAUGGCUUCCUUCACCGAGGCAUCGGCAAAACGCUCUUCAAUCAAUUGAUGGGAGCUUUGGCAGAAGAAUACAGGAUGAAGCCAUUGAUGGCACCUUUGAUUGGAGUUCAGUCAGUCAUUCCUUGGUCGACUGGGAAUUUGCAGCAAAUCACCACGAUCGUGUUAAGCCUUCUUCAUCACCACGAUGAUAAAGAUCUGGAUUGGAAGAAAGCAUUCCUGGAAUCCAAUGGUUUCAAGCAAUGUGGCUUUAUUCCUAAGAUCGGGAAGAAGUUUGAUAAAAAAGCCCAUACGAAUCUUCGGAAAACUUUCCGCAAACCUGUUCCGAGAACUAAAUUAUUCGCAUUUUUUGUGACGUGUAAAGUGGUAAUCUCAUACAUGGCUCCUAUCGCUUUCGACGACGUUGUAAAUGAUGGGUUUACACGGACAAUCUCUGAUGAGUAUUCUACUACGUCGGAUGUAGAGAAAGGGAAAAAGCAGUUUUCGAGCACAGAGUCGAACACGAAGUUUAACGGUACGAAGCGAAAAUAUAGCGAGUUCGCAGGAAUCACGGCUACUCUGGGAAAUACAUCAGAAACUGAAAAGAGUGAAAAUUUACACAAGGGAAAUGAGACAACGUUUCUUACAGAUACUUUGAACACGAGAGAAGCUGCUUCCCAUGAUGCUGCAAAUGAUCUGUCUAGCGCUGAGGGCGAGGAUGGUGGAGCAAUGGAUUCGGAUUUCGAAUUCCAAUUACACGAUUUGGAUCGAAACGUGAUUGAAGAGCUUGAUACAUGGGGUCUUCCUACGCAGAAGAAACAGGUCUUUGGCGGGAAUCAGGGGACUGCUGCUGGGUUGGGCCUUGAGGAACUCAUUGCCAGAAAACGAAAGAGAAACCAAGGUUCAACGGAUGCCAAAAUAACGAAUUCCGAUGUUGUAGAGAGAUCUGAAAGUUCAGGCGACGACAGCUUCACAGCUGGGGGAGCAAGGGGAGCUAAGAAGACAAGUUAUGAAGCGGUGGAGGAUGGGGAGAAUGAGGAGACAAUGCCACAGGAUGCAUUUGGCAUGGGUGCUAAUUUGGAGGAAGAUGAAAAGAGCUCUCAAGACCGUCAAGACGACCUUGAAGCUUCGUCAGAAUCCGACCAAGGGAUCGCAGAUGACAUGCCAGAACCCGACGAUGGCUCUGGAUCCGCCGCAGAAGAUUCUGUUGAUGCUUUAGAGCAAGCUAAACGUGAUUCUUUCUUUGACCAAGGAGAUGCAUACUCUACCAAGAGACCCGCAAAGCCAGCUGACUCAAAGUCAUUCCAGCCUUUUUCGCUAUCACGCCCAAUCCUCCGUGGUUUGACAUCCGCGGGCUUCUCUACUCCAACACCCAUCCAGAAACGAGCUAUUCCUGUUGCACUUCUCGGUAAGGAUGUCGUAGGCGGUGCUGUCACUGGCUCAGGAAAGACUGCUGCCUUUGUAAUCCCAAUACUUGAGCGCUUGCUGUAUCGCCCUAAGAAGGUACCGACCAGCCGCGUAGCAAUUUUGACGCCCACACGCGAACUGGCACUUCAAUGCUUCAAUGUUGCUCGCAAACUUGCCAGCUUUACAGACAUCGCUUUCUGCCAGCUAGUGGGAGGCUUCAGUCUUCGAGAACAGGAGAAUGUGCUGAGAACCAGACCCGACGUGAUCAUUGCUACACCUGGCAGGUUCAUCGAUCAUAUGCGUAACUCGCCUUCGUUUAUAGUUGAAACACUAGAAAUACUUGUUCUUGAUGAAGCUGAUCGUAUGCUCGAGGACGGAUUCGCCGACGAGUUGAAUCAGAUUUUGACCACUAUUCCAGAAAAGAGGCAGACUAUGCUUUUCUCAGCUACGAUGACAGACAGUGUAGACAAACUCAUCAGAGCGGGUUUGAAGAAGCCAGUGCGGCUGUUAGUAGACGCACAGCGACAGACUGUCGGCACUCUACUCCAGGAAUUUGUACGCCUACGACCAGGCCGAGAAGGUCUACGCCUAGGCCAUCUGACCUAUCUCUGCAAGGAGGUCUUCACAGACCGCGUGAUUGUCUUCUUCCGCCAAAAGAAAGAAGCACAUCGCGUCCGAGUGAUCUUCGGUCUGCUAGGCAUCAAAGCCGCCGAACUUCACGGCAGCAUGUCUCAAGAACAACGUAUCUCCGCCAUCACCUCAUUCACCUCCCACACGGCAACCCAUCUACUCGCCACGGAUUUAGCCUCUCGUGGUCUAGAUAUUCCUAAUGUCUCCACCGUUAUCAACUACUCUGCCCCCCAGACCUAUGAAAUCUAUCUCCACCGCGUCGGUCGCACUGCACGUGCUGGCCGCGCAGGAAGAUCUUGCACCCUUGCCGCCGAAGAAGAUAGGAAAAUUGUCAAAGCGGCUGUCAAGGCUGGACGGGCACAGGGCGCCAAGAUAGUCAGCCGAGUCAUUGAACCGGAACUCGUUGACGCAAGCCAGCAACAAGUAGAUUCCCUGGAGCAUGAGGUCGAUGAUAUCCUACGAGAGGAGAAAGAAGAGCGGCUGCUUGCUCAAGGAGAAAUGCAUGUUCGAAAGGGCGAAAAUCUUAUUGAGCACGAGGCUGAGAUCAAAGCGCGAGCUAGGCGGACAUGGUUUGAAUCCGAAAAGGAGAAGCUGCAGGCGAAGAAGGCAGGAUUUGUGGAGUUGAAUGGGGUGCAGGGCGGUGGAAAGGCGAAGGCGAAGGGGGGAAAGUUGAGUGGAAAAGAAAAAAAGGCGUUGGAUGAUAGAAGGGAAAGAGUCGAAGGGCGGAUGUGGAAGAAGGGAAAAGACGGGGGCAGGAAGGGAGGUAGUGUCAAAGUCAAGGGAAAGCGAAAAGAAAAGAAGGAUAGGAAAAGAAUGUGA